UACUCUUGAUACAUUUACGAGUGGUGAAUGACGAAACAUCCUCAACCACAAUAAACAUCUACAAGAAGUCUUCUGAUUUGUUUCCACACAGAUCCUUAGAUCAGUUGUAAAAAUGGACCCCAAAUUAUUUACCUUUUUCAUAAUUAAGUUUUGCUUAUUCAGCGUGGGUCUGUCGCUGUUAUGUGUUCCCUGUUCUGAAAUAGACUGUGUGGAUAAAACCGAAGAGGAUUGUCCAAGUGUUGGAGUUACUAUGUACGUUUGCGGAUGUUGUAAAGUGUGUGCCGAGGGAAUCGGCCAGGAAUGCGGCGGAUUAUAUAACCUUUCUGGUAUAUGUGGAAGAAAUCUCGAAUGCGUAAAACCCCCUCUUCCAAAGGAAUUCGGCGAGGAUAUGGAAAAUUUUUCAAUAGGAACCUGUCAGGAGAAGCAAGUUGUCUAGCAGCAAUAUGCCGAUUCAUUUAAAGCUAACGCAAUCUUUUCUAUAAUCAGUAAAUUACUUGAAUACAUAAUUUAAUUGAAUUUUAAUGAAAAAAUAAAGCUUGUAUUGCAAAUAAA